AUUCGUUAUGGACCUAAUGUCAUGUAAUAUCUGUCAAUCCGGACCAGGAUAAAACGUGAAACGAAGAAGCAAUGAUGCAUAAACGAUUAAACUUGUAAUUGAAAACUAACCAAAGCAUUUCUGGCUAACCUAUUCCAAGACUAAGACGUCGUCGAAAAUGCUUACUUUAUCUUACUUAACCUAGUGAGAAAUGUCUUUAAUUUCGAGAAACCUAUUAGUACUGACAAAUAUGUCAAUGAGUUUGUCUCCAAAUUUGAAGUGUCAUAUUACCACAUUCAGCGAUUUGAAUGCAAUUAUAGAAUAUUCCGCGUCGCAUUUGAGAUGCGAAGAAGAUACCUUUUGCUUGCAGGCGUACGAAAUCAAUCGACUCUUUCUCAAAACUCAAGCUAACGAGCAUGCAAUUUCCGAAAUACAUAAGAAAUUGGUUACGCUGAUUUUCGUCCAGAACCAAAUAGAACUCAACAUCGAAAUUCUAAAAUGCAACCUGGCCCAAAUUGACCAAUCGUUGGUGAUUUUGGAAAGAUGCGAGUGCGGGGAGAAAAGUUCCAAGAGCGUAAUUACUGACACGUACCGUACCAAUAUGUACAAUCUGCUGCAAACUGUAGCGUUCUCGCUGGAUAAUUUGGCGCAGCUCACCGAUGAAAUCGACUGUUAUAAAGCUACCAGUUCGAACACCUACAAUGACAUCGAACGCGUGGGUCAAGUGAUGCAGUGCCAUUUGAAAUCGCUGGAGACUAUUGAAAUGAAAAUUGAAAAACUGAAAAGCGUACAACGCGACGUUCAGAUUAAUAUGCAACGUUUUUUUUCAACUAUGGGAGUGAAAGGACGUCAGCUUAUAUAGUGCUAAAUCUAUAGCAAAUUAUAUCGGCAAUGGGCGCAAAACUACAAUAUAAAAUGAAUAAUAAACGCAACAAACAAGUGCAUGGUGUCAUUUUAGAUAGAUGUCAACAUUUUAAAAUGCCCCAUCAUUUUACAGUAGUUGAGAAAGCACAAAUAAUGGCAAAAACUGGUCAAUUUGUGCACAAGCACAAUUUAAUGGCAGAAAUAUGAGCAGAUUUCUAGAAAUUGAAAAGUUUUGGGAGUUGUCGGGUGCUUGAAAAGAAAGGAAGGUUGCCUCGUCCUAAAAUUUGCAAUCCCGAAGAGGAUGUUAUGCUUCGGGACCACUUAAGAGAUCAUCAUUAAGAAGGACGAUUAAUAUUUGUAUUAAAUUACACAUAUCGCGGACCUCAAUAUUAGUACCCAUUCAUGGAUCAAAAAAACUUUUCAAGCAUCUGACGACGAACAGAAAAUGGCCAUAAUUCGUAAAGCCUUUCAGAUGUUCGAUACAGCCAAAACCGGCUAUAUAGAAACUGUUAAAAUAGCCACCAUUUUGAACACGAUGGGACAGUUGUUCGAUGAAGGAGAACUAAACAACCUAAUCAGACAAAAAGAUCCCGAUCGUUCGGGAAAAGUCAACUUCGACGGAUUCGCGGACAUCGCGAUCCAUUUUUUGGAAGAAGACGACGACGAAAGUACACAACAAGAGCUCAAGGAAGCGUUUAGGUUGUACGACAGAGAGGGCAAUGGUUACAUAACAACCGGAACUCUUAAGGAAAUUCUUCGAGCGUUAGAUGACAAGUUGACUGGAAGGGAACUGGAUGGCAUUAUUGCGGAAAUUGAUACUGACGGCUCAGGAACCGUCGAUUUCGACGAAUUCAUGGAAAUGAUGACCGGUGAUUAGCGCACAUUUAAUUAUACUCUCUAGACAACUUAGUUUGUAAAUAAUAUCGUUAUUGUCGUAGGCACUUAAUUUUUAAUUUUAAUAAAACUUUUUUUGCAAUAAAUAAAAGACGUGUUUGUUUUUAU